UUUGGAAUUCCCAACCGAGGAGGAGAAAUUUGUGAUUAAAGUGGCCAGUACGACAAAACGCCAAUUUCAUAUGUAAGGAUGUAAUAUUUACAGAAUGAACUAACUGUAUGUAUUGGUUAGGCGCAGGCUGCGGGGGCGGGGGCGGACGCGGCGGGGGCGGCGGGCGCGGUGGGCGCGGCCACGCGGGCCGUGCGCGCGCACCUGGCCGCGCUGCAGCGCUCCAUGCAGCUGUACCUGCACAACAAGGAGACCGAGUGCAUCCUGUUCAGGCCCAUACGGAACAACGUAGUCGGUUACUUCGCUCAGAUGGGCCAGUUGCUCGCUAACGCUGGCUACUCGUACGAAGACACACUGAUUGUGGCGUGUCCCACGCCCGAGCAAGUGUCAGUAUUCAUAUCGUCAGCCAGCCUCAUCAGUCACACAGAACCAGUGUUGCCAUAUGGGAUCAAGAGAAAAACUAGUACUAUCGAAAAGCCCAGUGUUGUCAGCGAACAAGAAAAAGAAAACCCACCCAUUGAAAACGUUGAAGAAGCUGUCGAUGUUUAGAUGGCUCCUAUUAUUAA